UGUUUCUUUUGCUUUCUUCUCCAUACGGAGAAAUCAGAGUAGUCUCAGAUUCAAUCCGCUUAGCUUCCUCAAAUUCUCAGAUUUGAUCUCUAGCCACCGUCGAAUGAAGCCUCACCACCACACUCCUUUUGACACCUUCGCUCGUUACCACCACCACCAGCAGCUCAUCAGCACCAUCCGCCAUCUCUCUCUCUCUCUCUGUGCUGUGUUUAUUUCAGAGCUCCCUGCAGCACGCUGCAAUCUGGUUCAGUUAAAGUCUCUUUUCUUAGACAACAAUCAAGUGAAACAUGUAGAGCAAUUGAAACGUGGUUUUGCAGAUAUCGCUGACGACGUCUACGAGAUUCUCCAUGGAAGGGUAUGGGCAGGUCACAAUAUAUUGAGGUUUGAUAUACCAAGGAUAAGAGAAGCGUUUGCAGAUUGCAGAGAUUGGACGUGAUCCACCAGAGCUAAAAGGCACCAUUGACUCGUUGGUGUUGCUUACUCAAAAGUUUGGGAGGAGAGCUGGUGAUAUGAACUUGGUUUUAUUCUGCAACCUCAAAGAACAAGCUUGUGAUUGUGAUGUUGUGUGUAACAUAACAAUGGUGUAAAUGUAUGUAGAUGGUAUUGCUGCACAUUGAAGACUGUCCUGAUAAAGAGCCUCUUGGCCAUGGGUUCUAUGCAGGCUCCACUAUGGCCAGAUUUCAAUCACCAAGUUUAUCUGUUGUAUUUUGCAAUGAGUUCAUGUAUUGAUUUUGUGUGUUUUGAAUCUUUAAUGGAAAAGCAUAUGAUAUUCUUAUGACUUA